AAUGUAAUAUAUAAAAGAAAAUAUAAUAUCCUCAUACAUUUUUCAUUUGGAGAUACACGUGCUGCUACAGUAUAAUAAUGGUACAGUCUGCGCAGGAGUUCCAGUGUAUCCAGGCAUUUGCUCUUCUACUCUGAGUAGCGCAACUAUUUACCGGCAACGCGCGAUGAUGCUGUUAAGAGAGCGAUCAGGAUGUGUUUUUCUCUUUCUCACACAGCUGAGUCUCUUCCUUUGUAAGUAGUGCUGUCACAGACACGAUUAUUCAGUCGCUGUCGGUACCGCCAACACGAUCGGUUGUGCGUAAAGCAGCCAGCGCGUCUCGGAUGCAACGCGCGCUCCGCUGCAUCUGCGUUAUUGCUAUGGGCUCCGUCUAAAGAGCACAGACUUUGGGAUAUAUCAUUUUGUACGUUUUUCAAAUGCAAAAGGAAAUAUGCGGCAAAGUUUGGCCUUACUCUUUACCGGUUUGCUUGGGUUGGUUUCAGGCUCAAGUUUCCCAAGUAAUAUCAACAUAGGAGGUUUGUUUCCAACCGACUCCCACGAAUAUGAUGUGUUCCGAUUUGCGCUCUCUCAACACAACGAUGUCCCCAAACUGGUACCACAAGUGGACAUGGUCGACACAGGGAGCAGCUUUGCCAUGACAUACGCCUUUUGUUCCCAGUUCUCCAAAGGAGUCUACGCUAUCAUUGGCCUGUAUGACAGGAGGACCAUGAAUAUGCUCAUGUCGUUCUGUGGCGCUUUGCACGUGUGCUUCGUAACGCCCAGCUUCCCCAUCGAAACCAACAACCAGUUUGUCAUCCAGCUCAGACCUGAGCUCCAGGAUGCUCUCAUUGCCCUUGUCGAGCACUACAGAUGGACCAAGUUUGUCUACAUGUACAGCUCGGAUUCAGGUCUGACAGUUCUGCAAAAGAUCUUGGACACUGCUGCAGAGAAGACAUGGCAAGUGACAUCCAUAAACUUUGACACUCUGACAGAGGCUGCAUUCUUGAAAGUCAUCCAAGAUCUGGAUAAUAAGAAAGAGUACAAGAUCAUUCUGGACUGUGAGCUGGAGAGACUCAAUUCCAUCCUAAACUUGAUAGCAGUGCAAAAGAAGAACUUGAAGAAUUACCACUACAUACUAGCAAACCUGGGAUUUAUGGAUCUUAAUCUCACAGAAUUCAGAAAGGGAGGUGCCAAUUUGACUGGCUUUCAGCUCAUGAACUACACAGAUCCUGCUGUCAGCAGAAUGAUACAAGACUGGCUGGAGUUUGACAGUAAAGACUUGAAAAGUCCCAAAAGGAGACUGAAGUACACUGGAGCUCUUACCUAUGACGGGGUGACCGUCAUGGCCACUGCGUUCCAGAACCUGAGAAAGCAACGCAUCGAUGUCUCUCGCAGGGGGAAUGCGGGGGAAUGUUUGGCAAAUCCUCCCGCACCCUGGGGUCAGGGCAUUGACAUUCAGAGAGCCUUACAGCAGGUGAAGUUUGAAGGACUAACUGGAAACGUUCAGUUUAAUGACAAAGGGCAUCGGACAAACUUCACUGUCAGUGUGAUGGAGUUUAGCCCAACGGGACCCAAGAAAGUGGGCUAUUGGAAUGAACAUGAGAAAUAUGUGAGCACAGCAACUUACACCAACAUGCUCAACGAGACGUAUGGACUGCAAAACAGGACUUAUAUAGUCACCACCAUUCUUGAAUCUCCAUAUGUGAUGCUGAAGAAGAAUCAUGAACAGCUAAUUGGGAACGACAAGUAUGAAGGUUACUGUGUGGAGCUGGCAGCAGAGAUCGCCAAACAUGUGGGCUAUUCCUACAGGCUAGAGCUCGUAGGGGAUGGAAAGUACGGAGCGAGAGACUCGGAGACGAAGAUGUGGAAUGGAAUGGUUGGAGAACUAGUGUAUGGUAAAGCAGAUGUGGCUGUUGCACCCCUCACCAUUACUUUGGUCAGAGAGGAGGUCAUCGACUUCUCCAAGCCCUUCAUGAGUCUUGGCAUAUCCAUCAUGAUCAAAAAGCCCACCAAGUCCAAACCAGGUGUCUUCUCUUUUCUGGAUCCACUGGCCUAUGAGAUCUGGAUGUGCAUCGUAUUUGCGUAUAUCGGUGUGAGUGUGGUACUAUUCCUUGUGAGCCGCUUCAGUCCAUAUGAGUGGCAUACAGAUGAUGAAGACGACGGCACGGAACAGCAAAACCAGAAUCAAAACCAACCACCGUCACCAGAAGCCAACCAGUCACCGAAUCAACACGGUCAGAAUCAGAAUCAGCGAGAUGACAAGCAAGAAAAACAACCGGAGCACAAUAAUGAGUUUGGGAUCUUCAACAGCCUGUGGUUUUCUCUGGGAGCCUUUAUGCAGCAAGGAUGCGAUAUAUCACCAAGAUCUCUCUCGGGUCGCAUAGUUGGAGGUGUCUGGUGGUUCUUUACUCUGAUUAUCAUCUCCUCAUACACAGCCAACCUAGCUGCCUUUCUUACAGUGGAGAGGAUGGUGUCACCCAUUGAAAGCGCAGAAGAUCUGGCGAAACAAACAGAGAUUGCCUAUGGGACUUUGGAUGGAGGAUCCACCAAAGAGUUCUUCAGGAGGUCCAAGAUUGCAGUGUUUGAGAAGAUGUGGUCCUACAUGAAGGCAGCAGAGCCUUCUGUAUUCGUGAAGACAACAGAUGAAGGAGUCGUGCGGGUGAGAAAGUCCAAAGGGAAGUAUGCUUAUCUGCUGGAGUCCACUAUGAACGAAUACAUAGAGCAACGCAAGCCAUGUGACACAAUGAAGGUGGGAGGGAAUCUGGACUCUAAGGGCUAUGGAGUAGCUACACCCAAAGGAUCCGCCCUGAGAAUCCCCGUAAACCUAGCGGUGUUGAAACUCAAUGAGCAAGCCGUCUUAGACAAACUGAAAAACAAAUGGUGGUACGAUAAGGGGGAAUGUGGAAGCAAGGACUCCGCAAGAAAGGAUAAGACCAGUGCAUUAAGCCUCAGUAAUGUGGCUGGAGUUUUCUACAUUCUGAUUGGUGGACUCGGACUGGCCAUGCUGGUGGCACUAGUUGAGUUCUGUUACAAAUCCAGAAUUGAGUCACGAAGGAUGAAGCAAAUCAUUGACGCAGCCAUGCUCAGUUCCAGUCUGACCAGGAUUGGGAGCGGAGGUGAGAACGGUCGUGUGAUGGCACACGAUUUUCCCAAACCGACACAGACUCUGCCGUGUAUGGGCCAGGCUGCUGCCAUGGGCCUUAGCACCACUGGGAUGUAAAAGGGCAACAACAGCAAACAUCAGGAGACUAAAAAGAAAAACAAUAGCGAGAGUGGGAGGGAAAAUGAGAGAGCAAUGCGGUAUAUAGCUCACCUGCCAUUGAAGUACUGCCAAAUGGAUUCAUUGACAAAACAAUCUUGGCUCCAAAAGAAAUUACACAAGGAUGGGUGGGAAAUUACUUUUGUAAUAUUAGGAUGUGGUUGUUUUUUGAAUCUUCUCUGGUGCAAUAAGGAGACAGUGAGGUUUUUGUAAGAAACAGCGUUUUGUGUACCUGAAAACACGGGGGAAAGCUUUUCUUCACUUUCGCAAAUUGGUGACAAUUGGACUGCGCUGUUUCUUUAAUGUCAUUUUUCCCCCAACAUCACAGUUUUGCAAUUAUGAUGCACAUUGAGUUUUCUGUGUUUUCUAUCCUAUGCUAAAUAUCUUUGCUAUGUUUCCUAUUCUUUAUGUGACCCUGGACCACAAAACCAGUCAUAAGGGUCAAUUUUUAAAAAUUGAGAUUUAUACAUGAUCUGAAAGCUGAAUAAAGUGAUGUAUGGUUUGUUAGGAUACUACAAUAUAUACUUCAAUAUAUAUACAACUAUUUGAAAAUCUGGAAUCUAGGGAAGCAAAAAAUCGAAAUACUGAGAAAAUCACCUCCAAAAGAAGUCCUUACCAACACAUAUUAGUGAAGAUAAAUACAUUUUUAUAAGUUUACGGUAGGAAAUGUACAAGUUAUAUUCAUAGAAAAUGAUCUUUACUUAUUAUCCUAAUGAUUUUUGGUAUAAAAAUUCCUAUUUUUGACCCAUACAAUGUAUUGUUGGCUAUUGUUACAAAUAAACCCAUGAGACUUAUGACUGGUUUUGUGGUCCAGGGUCACAUACAAGUUCCUCAUCUCUCUAAGAAAAAUAUUUUCUUUUGAAUAUUUAGUUACACAUUUCUAGAUAGUUUACUAAAUAUUCAAAUGUAUUAUUUUCUCACCCCAGGUACAUUAUUUUUGCACAUAAAGAGAAAACCAAUUUUUUUUUCAAUUUAGGUCACUUCAUAGUGCACAGUAAACAGGGAAAAGUUGGAUGAACUUAAAAAAACCUUCAUUUGGUAACACCUAUUCAUGUGAGCACAUGAAACUAAACUUUAGAUUUCUUUACUCCAAUGUCACCUUAGGGGCUCGGUACUUAAACAUAUACGUUGAAAAAAUAGCCUACUGUUUUUAGGUGUUGCCAAUUGAAGUAAUUUUUAAGUUUAUUCAACUUUUCACUUUUUACAGUCUAUCAAACUUCAAAAAAGACAAAAUGUGCUAUAAAAAAGUGGUCAAUAUGAUUUGUGUGCUAUAUUCCAAGCCUUCUGAAGCCAUAUGAUAGAUUUUAUAGACGUUUUGUUUCUAAUAAUCUUCACCUGCAGAGUUAUUAAAUAUAGCAGCUCUAUGCUGGUUGAACAUCAGUAACGUCAAUGUUUUUCAUGUGUUUUAUAUCAAAUCAUGAAAUUAAAUGUGCUUUUUUAGAGAUUGACAGGACUGAUCACAAUGAGCAAUCACUGUUUUUUCAAUCAAGAUUUUUCAGCAAUUUUCUUCUGCACUCAACAGAAAAAAUAAUAGCAUCAAUUAAUACAAGACUAUAAAAAUAAUGGCCUAAUUUAAAUUUUGGAUGAAAAAAAAUUCACCACUGAUAAAGAAGAAUUGCGCAACAUCAGCGAGUGUCACCUUCAUUGCACAGUAUACACGUCUUCCUUUUCAACCAAUUUGAUUGACAAGCAUCUCUAUGGAAAGAGAUUUUUACAAAUGCGAUGGAGAGUCCGAUUUCUCAUUCUGACAUUAUUAAUGCCUUAUCACAGCUUCAUCCUUACCUUGUGAACACUUUGGACCCGUCAUCUGUUUCCUGUCCAUGCUUCUUGAUAGAUUCCGAGAGUUUAAGAAAAGGUCAAUUUUGCAUUUUGUUUUGCAUUUUUUGUGUGGUUUACAUGACAUUUUCUGUUUAAACAGAUGAUCUGUAUAGUACUGUAGAUCAUUUACACACAUGAGUUUAGAGACCUCUCCAUCCUCUUUAAAACAUUAUCUCAUCUUUGUAAUAGCAGAUGAUACUGUUCUGUUUCAUAGAAAGUAUUUUGUAGAAAUCUGCCUAAUGGCUGGCAGAGGGACAACAACAAAAAUGGCUUGUGUUGUAAGAUUAAUAGGAUGAUUUAAUAGCCUGAAUCGAAGAGCUCAUUUGAGAAGAACAAUGUGUGGUGCCAAUAGCCAGAUCAUUUGUUUCCCUGUUCUUGCAGCCUUUUGUUUACACUCCAAUUAUAUGAACACACUUUUAGAUAUAUAGACAGGUAACAAAUUGUCAUUAGAUUUAGGCGUUUAUUUAAGCACAGACCUGGAAGUGAAAUGAAGUCUGUGUUGGGGUGUAUCAAGCAGAUAACAUUUGCUUCAAAUGGACUUUAUCAUCGGAUACUGUUGAUGAGCACAGAGAUAAAACUGAAUGUCAAUACUCUGUUUAAGCACAAGAUUCACCCAUUGAGGAGAACUUUCUCUCACCAGUUAACAUUCAUCCAGGCUCUGUGUGGUGACUGUUUGUCUGUUUGUAUUUUUCUGGAAUUGUCUGUUUUUUUAUUGCCAAUUCUAUUUGUACAAAAUAGAGAUCUUGAGAGAAACAACCAUAACAUGAUGUGAAACAUUUGUGCUGGCAGAAACAAUGCUUUGUGGCCUUUGUUGUCCUUUCAGUGGGUUAUUUCUUCUGUUUGUUAUUUUGAAUUAUUGUAUUUAAUGUGAAAUUCUGUAUUUUGGGCAUUGAUGUUUUUUUAUUUGGUUUUACACUUUAACUUUCAAAUUGCUUUUAGAGAAGUCUCCUUUUUCACAUUCACCUCAGAAAAUACCUUUUAGAAAACAGCAGCAAGAUGUAACAGCAAAAAAUGAUGUUUUGACAAGGCGUAUUCGGAAAUAAACUUUUCUUACCAAACA